AUGGCGCGAAUUUUGAUUACUUUAUUUUUCGUCGUGUCGGCCGUUUUGGUGGCAAAUGUUGCAACAGAAAAUGUGGAGCCGAAGCCGAGACCGAAGAAAGUCCUGGACACAGUCAUGACGCCUGUCUACAUUCCAGCAGAGGAGAAACACGGGUCUUACUGGAAGAAAUCAGCAGUAAAUACCCUAAGAGAAAAGUUAAAGGAGACUCCAAACAUAAAUAAAGCGAAGAAUGGAAUCCUUUUUAUAGGAGAUGGCAUGUCUUUAGCAACGGUGAUGGCUGCGAGAACAUUUUCUGGUCAACUGGACAGGGGAUUAGGAGAAGAUUCUAUUUUGGAGUUUGAGAAUUUCCCUGUCAGUGGUCUUGCAAGGACAUAUUGCAUUGAUGCACAAGUCGCGGAUUCUGCUUGUACUGCAACUUCUUAUCUAACGGGGGUGAAGACGAAAUAUGGUGUGGUCGGCCUGGACGGUAACGUAACCAGGGGUUCCUGUGAUUCGCAACGUCACCCACCAAACUGGACGCCGUCAAUAGGACAGUGGGCCUUAGAUCAGGGACUUGACGUAGGUUUCGUAACAACCACACGAGUGACGCAUGCAUCUCCAGCCGGCAUGUAUGCUCAUAGUUCUGAACGGAAUUGGGAGUCUGACGCAGAUGUUCCUACGGAGUGUCUAGCUUUGGGCUGUCGGGAUAUCGCUUCGCAAUUAAUUAUGAGCACACCUGGAAGGCAUUAUAAGGUGAUUAUGGGGGGUGGACGGAGAGAGCUCCUGCCGAAUGUAACGAGUCCAAUCAGUGAAAAUAAGGGAAGACGGCUAGAUGGAAUAGACCUCACCGAGUUAUGGCAUGUGGACAAAUUAUCUAUGAACGCGACACAUCAGUACGUGACUGACAGAACUGACCUAAUGAAGGUUUUCAAUUCAGACGACCUCCCAGAAUACUUACUUGGGCUGUUCCACGAUGACCACAUGGAUUAUCAUUUGAAGGCUAAAAACCAACCUACUCUUGAAGAAAUGGUCGAAGUGGCGAUUAAGAUGCUAAGUAGAAAUAAACGAGGAUACUUUCUAUUUGUCGAAGGUGGCAGAAUAGACCACGCCCAUCACGACAGCUUAGCACACUUAGCUCUAGACGAAACAGUUGAGUACUCUAAAGCAGUUAAAAAAGCAAGGUCUUUAACAAACGAAGAUGAUACACUAAUAGUUGUCAGUGCCGACCACGCACACACAAUGACUGUAGCUGGUUACCCGUCAAGAGGGAACGAUAUAUUGGGGACUGUUGAUACAGCCAAUUCCCUAGAUGGGAAAGCUUAUACGACAAUCAGUUAUGCCAACGGCAAAGCUGUCUCUACAGGAGAAGAUGGAACUCGGUUGGACGUGACUAAAGAUAAAAAUUUCAUAACUAGAGAUUUAGAUUAUUCAUAUCCGAGCCUAGUGCCGUUGGAUUCAGAGACACAUGGAGGAGAGGACGUUCCAGUAUACGCUUCAGGACCUUGGCAGCACUUGUUCACAGCCAGUUACGAACAGAAUGUUGUUCCUCAUUUAAUGGCUUAUGCUAUGUGUCUUACAGAGGACAAACACAAAGAAUGUGCAGGUCAUCAUUCUGCUGGGUUAAAUACACAACCUACUAGAACUAUUUUAUUAAGUUUAUCUGUGAUGGUUGGUUUAAGAUUACUUAUUUAA